AUGUCGUUGCUAAGGUACUUGUUUGCACUGCCGCCCGCGGUCACCAAUGCAAGUUGGAGGACCCUGAGCCGCUUGAAGCUCCUCUUACGGAAAAGUUUCCGGGACACCGAAAUCCGUAUCCACGCGCCAGCGGCGGAGGGCUCGCGUCAGGCUCGCGAGAGAUCAAGCCCAAGCCCUGGACGUGCUUUUCCGCGGUGGAGGUCUUUCAUUGAUCAAAGUGUCCCGAUGCAGAGAGAUUGCAAGCUGCACCCGACACUUUGGACACCGCCGGAUGAGCGUUUCUACUUGGAAUGUCGAACUUCUCAGAUUUCCGAGCUCUUGCACGAGGCAGUCGGCUUACUCGGGGGCGAAGUGCCAGAACAGGCUUGGAUGGUUUUGCGAUCAGGCGUAGUUGCCUGGUUGGACAAGUACGAGGCUGACAUCCUAGGAGAUUCAGGGGAACUCGGCCGAGUGACAUGUCGGCUUGGACGCGCCGCAAUUCUGGACGACUUUCCACCAGCUUUUGGUCUUGUUAUCAGAGAGGCCCCGUGGGAUACGAUGCAGCCCACCUUGUCGAUAGCCGGGCUUUCUCAGAUGGCAGUGGCGGUUUCGAGGAUAUCUUUGCAGUUGGUGGUUCGACCUCUGCCCAUGUGGGACCUCGAGGAUGUCUUGCUUGCCACAUGGGGGAACAAUCAGUUUCAAGAGCUGGAGGAAGCACACGGGGUCAUGUUUGUCACGUGCGCAGCCAGGCGCCGCCGACGUCUUCACCCAACGCGACUGCCGACGAGGCUUGCCAUCCUCGCCCCGGGCGAUGCAGACACCGCCGCAGUCGAAGCCGCUUUGCGCCAGCGCUGUUGCGUUUCAGAAUAUUUUUCGAGUUGGCCGACAAGAAAACCAAAACCGUCGUCCUUGCCACUUGGCGUGGCAGUCGCAUGGUAUUCAGACUUUGAGCAAAGACGUUGCGACGACCUGGAAAGUUUCUUCAGGGGAGCGCAUGCCAUGUUUGGUCCACUGUUCACUUCUGGCCACACCGUUUACAUGGAGUUCCUGAGUCGUUGGAGGAUCGGUCUUGUCACGUGGAGGUACAUGUUCCAUUGGGACAGACUCAGACUUGGCAUUGGGAACACGUGUGACCUGCAAAAUGUGCACGACUCGGAAGAUGCGCUCUGGCACCUUUCGGCUCCCUGCACAGAUGAAAUGAAGCUUGGAACUUGCGAUCGCAAUGGCUGGCCCCCGGCUGGCCACUAUGACAUUCUGUUUAUUUGUGCCAAGCUAGUAAGUGAGGAUUGUUGCCCGGUGUAUCGCUUCGGUGUUGCUGGCAAGGGACAUGCUCUGCCAGGAUUUCACGAGGAGCUUCUCGACUUUGUGUUUAACCUUCAGUCGGGUAAUGUGUCGCAACUGGAAAGACGCUUGCUGCAAGCACGCGUGGAGAAGCGGGCUCUGGAGCGUCAAGUGCAAGAGUUGGAAGGGCGUUUGAGGACCUCGGAAGCACAGCUGGAGAGACAGGCAGAACACGGUCAUCCGAUGUCGUGGCUGCUUCCCACGUUUCAAGAAGUGGCAAAGUUUGCGAGGAGCAUACCCAGUCUGCGACCUUCCGGCCAGGUUCAACACCUUCCCGUGCUCGCACUGCGCUUCACACACAAAGCCGUGAAUGCCCACUUCGCUUUCGGCGAAGAACACGAGAACAGGCAAGAGUCCAUCUUCAAGCUGUUUAUGGGCCUCUUCAUGGGGAACUUGAAGCCUGAAGAGCUCGAGCCUCUUUACGUGUUCAAGCACGAGGGUCCUGAUGGCACCGUUGGGCUCUACUCCCGGAACAACCGCCGUCUGGUGGCCUUGCUCAUGUUUCAGGCACGCGAUUCCGAAAUUUGGGGUUUAGAUUUCAGCAUGGUCGUUGCGUCUGUGGCCCGUCUAUCGAGGCAGCUUCGCACUGGGGAUGCCAGCAUGUCGUUGGUGCAUGUCAUCUCAUAA